AUGGCACCAAAAUCUAUGUUCGCUGAAACCUUAGGUUUGAGUAAUAUUCUCCCUGCGAAAUCAGAACGGUUUUAUAAGGCCCUAGCUUGUAUCUUUAAAUAUGUUUCUUUAGUGGAUGACCUUGAAACCAGUUUUACUGCGCUUUCUCAUACAUGGGGCGAUGUCGUUCCUGAUGAGGACCAUCCCAAUGGUGAGCUAAUAGCUAAAGGGCUUAGUGACUCUUCAAGAGCAUUGUCAUCUGAGCCCAAUACCGUUGAUGGAGUACCAGUUAAUAUUGUCUGGCCAAACAUUCCUCAUUACGAAGGCCAAAAGGAACUCGCUGCGAUUAUCGACAGUUUUGGAAAUGAUCAUUGGAGCACUACGCAAUCGCUUCUAAGAUCGCAUAAAUCCAAACUAAUUACCAUUCUUCAAAAUCCCCAACUCGGUGAAUGCUGGGAAGCACUCGAGGAGAUCCAUAAAUCACCUUACUGGAACCGACUGUGGAUUGUCCAAGAAGUCCUGAUUAAUUCUGAAACCUGGGUAUACGUUGGCGAAGAGCUCAUUCCCCUCGCUCUAGGCCAAGCACUCCAAUAUCUAGACAACAGCGAAAUUGAAACUCUUCCGCCAUACACAACCUAUGUUAUCGAAUCUGUUCGGAUUCCUGCCAACCUACCGCUCCUAGAUGGCAAACUACAUUUUUCAGAUCCAAUAGCCAAGCAUAUGGAACUACUCGAUAUUCAUCAAACAUUUCGCAAAUUCGAAUGCAGAGAUCCACGAGAUAAAGUUUAUGGAAUAGCCGGACUGUCCUAUUCAUAUCACCAGAAACUGAUGAUUGAUUACUCAAAGAGCGUGUCUGAAAUGUACAAAGAUGUCGCUCGCCUAAUAACCGAAACAAUAGAUCGACUUGAGAUAAUAUGCGCAGGUGAAAAAACAAAAUGUCACUGUCCUUCCGGCUCAUACCAGGGUUUAUCUACAAUAGCGACAUGGGUACCGAACUGGUCUUGUAUUCGUGAGGGUACCGGCCUUUGUCCUGGACAUCUAAGAGGUUGA